GUCAUUCUUUGGCAGAGGGUAAGAGACAGAACAAAAUGCGAAAUAUAUUGGUUUUGAAAGAAUUGGGAGUGCCUCACAAGUUGUUGUUUUCAUUGCUCAUCUCUAGUUCUCAACCUGUUUAUGGUAAAGAGAAGUUUGAAGGAACACUCAAGAAAGUUGUUGAUAUGGGUUUUGAUCCAGCCAAAGCUAAAUUCGUGGAAGCUUUGCGUGUAGUCUACGAGAUGAGCGACAAAACCAUAGAAGAGAAAGUCAAUGUCUAUAAAAGGUUAGGCUUAAGUGAAGUGGAGAUAUGGGCAAUUUUCAAGAAGUGGCCUUUCUUUUUGAAAUUCUCCGAGAAUAAGAUUAUUCAGACGUUUGAAACACUGAAGAAGUGUGGUCUGGUGAAGGAAGAGGUCCUUUUGGUGUUGAAGACUCGUCCACAAUGCAUACGAGCUUCAGAGAAGAAGAUAUUGGACUCUAUUCAAACAUUUCUAGACUUAGGGUUCAGUAGAGAUGAGUUCAAGUUGAUGGUUAUGCGAUAUCCUAACUGCACUGCGUAUUCUGCAGAGAUGAUGAAGAAGAAGUUUGAGGUUUUGGUGAAGAAAAUGAAUUGGCCACUAGAGGCUGUGGUUUUGUUCCCUGCGGUACUUGGAUACAGCCUGGAGAAGAGGAUUGUGCCGAGGUGUAAUGUAAUCAAAGCUCUCAUGUCAAAGGGAUUGAUUGGAAGUGAAAACCCUCCGAUUUCAUCUGUCUUGGUGUGUACUGAUCACAUAUUCUUGAACAGAUACGUGAUGAAGCACAACAAGCUUGUUCCUAAGCUUAUGGCUAUCUUCACGAGAGAUCGUGUCUCGUAGUUUCGUUUUUAUUUACGAGUGUCUGUAUCUGAAACCCAUUUUUUGUAGUCUCAGUUCGACUUUGGAUCCGAGUGGUUUUUAAUAUACAAUC